GAAUCUACCAUUCUAUUCUCCUUCAAUCCCCAAUUGAGAUAUCUUCAUAUCAUUAUCAUUCACACCCACUGUUUGUUUCCCUCUCAUCAGCGGCACUUACCUCUCCACCUUAACUUCAGCAUUCUGUUUGCACGCAAAUACCAAAAAAAACCAAUCGCAAGAACGAGUACCUAAAGUUUAAAGACAUACCCAAGAACCGCUCGCAAUGAAUCACCCCUUCACCAAUAACAAUGUAGCUGUACCUCGUACCUCAUUGCCAAGGAUAGAUCAUGGAGCUCUCAUCCAAGCCAACUUAAAAAAUCAUAAACAUAAGUUUUUCUUCGUUGAAAAGACUUCUUCCAACGAAAGAAGUCCUUCCGUUCCUGCUGAGGAUGAUGUGCCGACAGAUGAGGAAAGCUCGGAUGGAGAAAGCUCGGAUGAAGACACAACAUGUCAGGAAUGCGAUUGGAACAUUCAUAGAGCUCAAAAAUUUGUCGUAUUGCACCCAUGCAAUUGCACUUUUCAUCUUGGCUGUAUAAACGAGGAUUUUUAUAAAGAUCCCAAAUGCCAUAAGUGCAAGACAGACAGUAUGAAGCUUCGUCGCAUGACUCCUUUUGAAGGUCGUUUUGUCGAUAAGCCACUCGAGCUUAUAUACGUCAAAUUAUGUAUCGAAAAUCGGGGGAUAUACCAACGGAUGCAUCAAUCCUCAGUCCAAGACAGUCAAUCUAGAAGCAAUUUUUCUUCUCCUGUGGAUCUUAUCGCCGUCCGGCGAUUGGUUUACGAAACAGACCUAUACUGUGACUCCGGUCGCUCAGGGCGAGCCCUUGACUCUAUAGAAAUCUGCAAGCAAAUUUUUAGAUAUGAUCCUAAUGCUAAGGAUCGCAUGCGUGCUUGGAUACAACGCGAAGUUCGAGCAUUAAAUCGGAUCACAAUAGAGCCUGAUCACAUGCAUUUAUUCGAAAAUAUUGUUAUAACUACGUUGCAGAUGGAGAAGAAUACUGAGGAACAGAAGAAGAGAAAAGACUAUGCGGUACACAUAGUGAAAGGUAUUCUGGGUGCAUAUACCAAUUUGUUCUUGCAUACGGCCCGUGCGUUCUUGACAAGCUUCUGUCAGACUUUGGAAGAAUGGGAUCGCGCCGUGACAUAUCCUGAAGAGGAGCCAUACGACUCCAACAUUGUAGCACCUCCACCAGCAAGACCCUCUAGACCUAGUCUUAUACGAUCAUCAGGACCAAAUUUUGCUUACACCGGACAGAGUUUUCAAAGCAUUUGGAGCUCCAAUAAUGCACAGCCUUAUGGUGCUAUUCUCCCCGCGACCGCGGAAGAGUCUGCUGCGCAUUCAGUUGAUCAGAAUCUGCCACAGGCAACUACACUUUCUUCCGUUGUGCAUUUAGAACAUGUGUCUAGAUCGGUCAUACUACUUCCUUCUUCUGCCUCUUUGCAGAAUGACCUGAUCCCUAGCAACUGUAACACAAGAUGCACCGUCAUGCAAGAUGUAGCGGUUCUAGAACUUCUCCAAAACAAAAGAUACCGCGGCUUUCUCUCUCGGAUAAGAUUUCGGAAGCUACGAGCUAGAUCUUUUCUUUCCCGGUUGCGUUCCGUUCACCAUGAAGAGUCCAAUCUUCAAGUGAUGUUGGCUGAUGUAGAGCAGUCGAAUGCUACAUUAGUCGCUUCUGACAAUGUAGAGGAUUGCAAGACUCAUGAUAAUGCCGAUGCCUCGCCUAAAAAACUCGGUCUUCGCAAAAAGCUUUCUCGCAGGAUUAAUAAAAUUUCUCAAUCCGUGAGACAAUCUUCCAAGAAAUCUUCCAAGGGACUCGACUGGGAGAAAGAGCAGGACAUCAGAUGAGAAAUUUGGCUGUGUAGAUUCAGCAGAAAGCUUCUCGAGAUAGCAACACAUUAUAUUAUACAAAGGAGUUUUGGGAAUGGCACACCAUAUAUUAUGAUGGCAUAAAUUUCUUGCCACUUGACAUUCUGGUGGGUGAGCGGUAAAAGGUUUCAACUUUGUACAGCCAGUAUUAUUAAAAGUUAUUUCGCAUUGUUUUUUCCCCGGAAGUACAGCUCUUGUUGUAAUCUGGGGAAUAGCAAUUUUGAAAUCA